UCGACUGAAAAUGAACAGCGUGGGUGAAGGCUGCACUGAGCUGAAGCGCGAAUAUGACCAGUGUUUUAACCGCUGGUUCGCUGAGAAAUUCCUGAAAGGAGACCGCGGAGAAGACCCGUGCACUGAACUGUUCAAGAAAUAUCAGUCCUGUGUUCAGAAAGCUAUCAAAGAAAAGGACAUCCCCAUUGACGGCGUGGAGUUCAUGGGUCCAAACAAAGAGAAACCAGCCAGUUGAUGUUACUUGAACUAUCAUUCUUCAACUAGUGCACUGAUAAUGUCCACAUUAUAUGUGAUAACAGAUACAAAGACUUGCGCUUGAACUCUUUUGGGUGCUGAGCAAAGCCGUUUAACACUGGAACGCUAUGAAGGACACGGCCGGUCGAGUUUUGUUUUUGCUUGCAAGAAGUCAAUCCAUACCUGGUAGAUUUAAGGAAGUUAUUUAAAAUGCUGGAUAAGUGGAAUACUAAGGAGCAGAUGUUAACAUGCCUCUGAAAUACUAAUAC